UUGUCCAAAAAAAUCCAGUGUUCACAUUUUACACCGAAACUAUUGGACAAGUUGAGAAGAUGUACGUUCCCAGUGAAUAUGCUCCUGGAGAACACGACAUUGCGGUUCUUAAGUUAAAAGACAGUUUAAGAUUGGAAGAAAAUCCAAAAUUACAAAAAGUAGAUUUUUCACUGGUGAUGCAGCCUUACCAAGAUGUCCUUCUCGAAACGAUUGGUUACGGGGAUGAUGCAGUACUAGUAUCCAACCGAAAUGGAAUCAAAGUCAUCCGAACAAUUAAUACUCAUCGGAGCAAAAAAUAUUUUCAAAUGAAAAUCUUAUCCAAUGACGAAUGCAAAAAAUUCAAACUUUCAUUAGAAAUGAACUGGAACCGUUUUUGCACUACACCAGUACCACCGAUUAAAGGUUAUUCAAAAGGAUUGUGUAAUGGCGACAAUGGAGGACCCCUUAUCUACAACAACAUGCUUAUAGGAGUUUUCACUAAAGGUGACAACUCUUGCGACAACACAAAAGUGCCAGCCAUUUUCACGAGGGUGUCGUCUUACUUACCGUUUAUUAUCACUGCCGUUACAGAUUUCAAAGUUAACUUAGUGGAAGUUCGAGCCUCAAACAGCAAAUAUGUUCAAACAGCAAAUCUCAACAAACUGAUUGAUGAUAAUUUUGAAACCAUUCGAAAAGCGUUACUAAUUGUUAAUUCAUCUUAUUUAUUAAAAAUUAUGUAUGACAAUGAUGCCAAUAACGAUUUGAUCAAUAUAUCAGCGAUACGUUUGUCAAAAGUAAAUGCUACUAAAGAUAGUUUUGUCUGGUAUGAGAAGAAAACGUUGAACAUUGAUUUAAACCUCAUUUGGAAUCAUGUUGAAGCUGAAAAAAAAAUUAGAUGGACUGAAAUUCUCAUAAAUUAUCAACAUAAUUGCGAAGGCUCUUUAGAAGCAAGUUUGGCUGAUAUGAGGGCUAAAAUUGUAGUAUCUGUGGACUUUGGAAAUAACGUAAUAACACUGAGACACUUUCGUGUUAAUAUUGAUGAAUCAAACUCGACAUGGAGAUUAUUUACUAAUAGCUUUUGUUUGUCCCUUGUGAGUUUGGAUCAAAAAACUAAGUUCAACAUGAACUCCAUGAUGAAACAUAUUUCGAUGGCCAUGGAAGCUGAAAUUACAAAAAACAUAGAACACAUUAUUCAAAGCGCAAAUUUAUUUUUUACUUCUUAUGGUAGCAAACAGUUUAAAUUCGUUAAUAUUAAGGAUAACGAUCCUUCUGAAAACGAAUAUGAACUUAUUGAAGCAUGAUGUUGAACAUACCGAAGAAUAACAAUGUAUAUUACUUUUUAUUUUUAGUUUUUUGUACUUAAUUAUCUGUCAAAUUAAAAACUGUAAGAUAUUAUUAUAAAACAGCAAAGAAUCAGAUUUAUUUUUUGAAUGUUAUUUUCUUUGUAUAUGUAGACUGUUAUGCUGGGCAAAAGAGUUGUAGUAAUUUACUAAAAUGUCCUUAACAGUAUGUUUUAGAAGUAUGUGAAAAAAUGAUGUAAAUUCUAAGUAUUAAGUUAAAAGUU